GAGGCAGUUGACAAGAUGGAAAAACUCUUGGUGGCCCGUGUGUCAGACAUGGACUCUGUGGUUCUGUCACCUAUGAAUAUGAAGUAUCUUUCAAAAGAAAGCAUUGGGUGUGGAAUCUUGGCAAACACACACACACACACACACACACACACACACACACACACACCCCUAAAGAAAAAAAAUCCACCCCUUCAACUCUCAAAAGGUCAUUGCUCUCAAGCUCCAUGGGGGCAGAAGUGUGAUUCCAGCCCUCUCUCUCCUACGGGGCUUUGCAGAACUAGACAUACGUCCACUUCCGGCCUCUUCACCCGCCGGGACCUGUGCACAGUUGAGAGGGAAAAUGUGCAGAAGAGGACUUUUACGCGAUGGAUAAACCUACACCUCGAAAAGUGUGACCCACCUCUAGAAGUUACGGACCUUUUCAUUGAUAUCCAAGAUGGCAAAAUCCUAAUGGCUUUGCUAGAAGUCCUCUCCGGGCGAAAUCUGCUGCAUGAAUACAAAUCCUCAUCACAUCGUAUUUUUCGGUUGAACAACAUAGCAAAAGCACUUAAGUUUCUGGAAGAUAGCAAUGUCAAGUUGGUUAGCAUCGAUGCAGCAGAGAUAGCGGAUGGCAACCCCUCGCUGGUUCUCGGGUUGAUAUGGAACAUCAUUCUCUUCUUCCAGAUAAAGGAGCUCACGGGCAACCUCAGCAGGAGUUCCCCAUCUUCCAGCUUGUCACCUGGCUCGGGGGGCACAGACUCCGACUCCUCCUACCCACCCACCCCCACCACAGAGAGGAGUAUGGCAGUAUCAGUGAAAGACCAGAGGAAGGCCAUCAAGACACUGCUGGCGUGGGUGCAGCGGAAAACAAGAAAGUAUGGUGUGGCGGUCCAGGACUUUGCGGGCAGCUGGAGGAGUGGGCUGGCUUUCCUGGCUGUCAUCAAAGCCAUUGAUCCCAGCCUGGUGGACAUGAAGCAGGCUCUGGAAGAUUCCACCCGGGAGAAUCUGGAAAAGGCCUUCAGCAUUGCACAUGAUGCCUUGCACAUUCCCAGGCUCCUUGAGCCGGAAGACAUCAUGGUUGAUAUGCCGGAUGAACAGUCCAUUGUGACGUAUGUGGCCCAGUUUCUAGAACGCUUUCCAGAGUUGGAGCCUGAAGAGUUUGUGAAUCCUGACAAAGAAGCCCCCAUCGAGUCCACCUUUGUCCGAAUCAAAGAAAGCCCUUCUGAACAGGAGAGCCGGGUCCUCCUCCUCAGCGAGAAUGGAGAGCGGGCCUACACUGUCAACCAUGAGACCAGCCACCCGCCUCCUGCCAAAGUCUUCGUCUGUGACCAGCCUGAGAGCGCGAAGGGUUUCUGUCUGGGCGGCGUGCCCAGCCACAAGCUGUCAGACAGUGAGACUGAGUUUAUGCACCAGAUUAUUGACCAAGUCCUCCAGGGGAGCCCAGGGAAGACCGGAUCCAGCACCGAGCCAGCUCCAGAAUCUUCCAUCUUGUCCACCAGAAAAGAUGGCCGGAGGUCCAACUCUUUGCCGAUCAAGAAAUCCGUCCACUUUGAGACUGACUUGCACAAGGAUGCCUCAUGUAGCAAAGACCCUUUCUACAGCUCAGACUUCCGCUUUGAGGGGAGCCCAAGGGCGGCAAAGGAUCUGUCGAAGCAGGAUGGUCAUGUCUCAUUGGCUGAGGUUGCCAAGGAAAAGAAGACAGAACAGGAAGCCAGGCCAGUGCCUGAAACUGCCUCAGACAGAAGCCCUGAAGACAUUGUUGGUGUGGAUGGCGUGCCCCAUCAUGAUCAGCCUCCUCAGGACCCCUCAUUCUGUAAUGGCACUGUAGAAACUCAAGCUAGCCAAGGUGAGAAAGGCCCUUCUCCUCCAUCCCCUGGAGAUCAUACUAUCCUGGCCAACUCCACUGAACUCAAGGUUCAGCUGCUGACUGUCGAGCCUAUGGAUAAAGAUGACUAUUUUGAAGGCAUCCCACUGAAGGCUUCCAAGUUUAACAGGGACCUCGCAGAUUUUGCCUCCACCAGCCAGGAUUUUGGUGAGGACCCCUCACCCCCUGAGAAGACACCUGGGGAGGAAGAGGGGCUAGAGAAUCACACCGAGAAACUGGGGAAAAGGAAAUCAAAGUCUCCCCAUGCAGAGACAGAGUCACCUGAAUCCCAAUCGGAGGCUGACAAGCACGAGCCUCCUUCCAAGGGCCCGGAACAAGAAGAUCGAGACCAUCCUUCGUCCCCAGAAGAAACGCCUGCAGAUAAGAAACCCGAAGUGUAUGAAAAGGCCAAGAGAAAGUCCACCCGACAUCGCAACGAGGAAGAAGGCGAAGCGGAAGGCCUCACUGGGGUCGGCGGAGAAGGGCCAUCCAACCCUCCAAGUACCAGUGUCAGCCUGGAAACCCUCAGGAGUCACAGCGAAGAAGGGCUGGAUUUCAAGCCUUCUCCACCACUCUCAAAGAUCUCUGUCAUCCCCCACGACCUGUUCUAUUACCCGCACUACGAGGUGCCCCUGGCUGCAGUACUGGAGGCUUAUGCGGAAGGUGGGGAGGAUUUGAAAAGCGAAGAUCUAGGGGAACCAGAAGAGGGCUAUCUCCAGGACUCCAGGGAGGAGGAGGAGGAGGAGGCCCACAGCUCCCAAAGCAGCUGCAGCUUCUCCUCGCCUGUUGACAACAGCCACCCCAGCACCGGUGACCAGGCGCCCCAUGUUGAUGGGACUUCUGAGGGGCCCACAUCAACCUCAAGACCUGGUUCUCCACCAUCUCAUGAGGACUACCAACAGAGGGAAACCAAAGAGAAUGGCCCCGUGGAGAGUCAGCAGCCCCAAGAACCUCCAAACCCAGAACUCCCUGAAAAGCCGUUAGAAGAAAAGUUAAUGGAAGCCUCAACUAGCAGUAAAAAGAAAGAAAAAAGGAAACAUGUGGACCAAGUAGAAAGCUCAUUAUUUAUAGCCCCUGGGACUGUCCGCUCCUCAGACGACCUUGAAGAAAACCCCUGUGAACACAAGGUCCCUUCCAGGAAUAGCCACAGUGACUCCAGCAUUUACAUUCGGCGACAUGCUAAUAGGUCUUUGGAAUUGGACCAUUUUAGCUAUGUUCAAUUGAGGAACGCAGCCGAUCUGGAUGAGCGGAGAAACAGAGUGUUAAACAGGUACAAUUCCCAGAAGCUCACUGAGCUGAUUUUACAGUUUUACGGCAUCAGAGCAGACAUGAAGCGGGAAUACAAACAUGCCAGGCUGUCUAUGACUGGCACCAACUCCUCCGGAGAAGCCGUGCCCCUGGGGAGCCAGAGCCCACCCAACGACUCCCUGACACAGUUCGUACAGCAGCCCGACGUGGUCUAUUUCAUUCUUUUCCUGUGGCUCCUGGUCUAUUGCUUGCUGCUCUUCCCCCAGCUUGAUGUCAGCCGGCUCUGAAGCGUGUGUCUGGAGAAUAAAAAGACAGGACCCUAACCAGGGUGGAGUUUGCCUCCUGCAUUUUAACUGUCUGUUCGGGGUCGAGCCACUUCUACAGAGAUGGAAGACCUCAGAGGGGGCACAGGCCCCACCUCCUGUUGCUGUCUGAUUUCAGUCUCUGCCCAGUUUCCCCUCGGUUCUCUAAGACCUGAGAGCAUGCUUCCCUCCCUGACUGUGUGCUCCGAGCUCAGGUUGGAGACUAGGUCUGUGAACAGGAUUCCUCCUUAUGUGCCUUGUUUGAUCGAUGCGCGUCCUUACUAAGGUGUGCCCCAAACCUGGGGCUUAGCGUGUGAACAUGUAGGUUUUCAAGCUCCUGGAGGAGCUUGAGUUAACUUACUUUUAUCUCAGGGGAGGGUCUGCCUGAUGUCAAGAAAGAACAGAGUCCGUACUAGGAAGGAAGGUACCUUGUUCUCCUCGUGUGAGUGAUUGAGUGAAGAUGCCGUGGCUCCCGUGAACCUCUCCCAGCCUGACGACCUGUUGUGUUCUUUGGCACACACCUGCCUGCUCCCCAGAAAUUACACCUGGGCAUUGGCAGACUCCAAAGAAGAGGGGUACUCUGCCAGCUUGGUUGUGAGCCACGGCACAUUCUUUCACCUUGGUGUUCUUGGAGGGUUGUGUGUUUAAUUCACUUUCGCGUUGAUUGGAUUGAGGUGGAGCUGUACUUUGCAAGCCUUCUCCAGCAGUAGGACCUCCCGGCAGAUGAAAGAGAAGGAAUCAGUCUAGAUUUGCUUUAAAAGCAGGACGCUGGCUGACUCGGAUAGCCCUGAGACUUCCUCCCAUCCUACUGAGUUUUCUGUACAGAAUCUGAAGUCCUUCUGGGGCUGCAUGCAGAGCCCCAGCGUGCUGGAAGUGCCAGGGUCAGAAUAAACUCCCGUGGUGGAGCUGGAAGAGUUUCUGCAGGUUUCUGGACUCAGGAUGCACACCUCGGCACCAGCAUCUUUUGCAGUCAGCCAUAACAGAGACCUUGAAAAGACUUUGUGGGGAGCACCAGGGUGUAGGUCAGGGCAGGCAUGUUGUGAAAGGAGUGGCUUCUUUCCUCAUCCCCCUUUUGUCCUCAGUCCCCGCCCCAGCAUCCUCUUGCCCUCUUCUCUGUGCAAAGGCUCAGGUCUGGGAAGACUUUUGGUCCCUCCUCCCCUUGUCAUCCCUCUCUAAAAAAGCACAUGCUACACAGCCCUUAUAAAACUGUCAACUGAGCCGGGCAGUGGUGGCGCACACCUUUAAUCCCAGCACUUGGGAGACAGAAGCAGGUGGAUCUCCGAGUCUGAGGCCAGCCAGCGCUAUGCAGACAAACCCUGUCUCGAGAAACCAGAAAGAAAAAAAUAAAUAAAAACCAUAAACUGUUAGUCAGGAGGAGGCCUUAGGGAACAUCUUAUUUAGCUGAACUCGGAGAAGCAAAGCAGGCUGCCCGAGGUCACACAGCCCACCAAAACAGACUGGCCAUGAGCUCGCAGACCACAUGACCUCCAGUCUAGAACCGUCGCUCAAGAAACUAAGUAAAAUGUUCUCAUUCAAACAAAGCCAUCAUUUUUCGACCUUUUAUUUAACCUUCAAGCUUAUCCUUAGGUCCUUCUAGAAUGUUCUUGGCAGCUGCAAAGGCUUAUGCGCUGCUCAUUUCUCUUGUUGCUGUGACAGAAGAAGUGACAGAAAACAACUGAAGAAGGGGGUUUGGAGCUCACGGUUCCAGGGUCACCGUCCAUGAUAAAGGGGGUCACAGCAGCAGGACUGUGAGCUGGCGCAUCACACUGCUCAGUCAGGAAGCAGAGAGACACGAACGCUGGUACCUGCUCACUUUCUCCUUUUCGUCAGCCCAGGACCCCCAGCCCAUGGCAUGGUGCUGCCCACACUCAGGGUGGGCUGUGUCUCUUUAGUUGAGACCUUCUGGAAAGACCUCUAGCGUCACAUCCAGAGGUGUGUUCCCAUGGUGAUACUAAAUGCUAUCAAAUCCACAAUGAAGAUGGAAUCACAUCUUGCCUUUGACAUGUGUGCAGUGUUCUUAGCCCGGGAGUCAUUCUCUUUAAGCAAGCCAAAGACUUGCUUGUUUUUAAAUACAAUUUAAAAUAAUUCAUGUAGCACAUUGAGUCAGGACAGCCAGAAACCUGGCCUCUCAACCAUUUUGAUUGGCAUCUGCCUCCCCUCCCAGAAAGAACUGAGGCCUUCCAAGGGGGAAAGCUUUUGUGAGCUUGGAGCAAUUCCAGGUUGAAGGCCUGAAGCUCCCUAGAAAGAGAACUACUUAAAGAGCUCCCUGGUCCUACUGGAGGUUCAAAAGUACAGAUGAUAAAGGUGCUGUGUGAGAUGUUUUAUGUCUUCGCGCAUAGCAGUUCUCUCCCAGAUGAGGUACCAAAGAAGAGCUGGCCCAGAUGUGAAUCAUGUGUUUUAUGGGACUAGACCAGGCUCAGAAGUCUGCACGCUGCUUCUCUCGCCUUCUACAGUGCUAACAGCCUUUAAAAUGUCUUCAGGUAAGAUGCCCAAGAAUCACUGGGUUCAGGCUGGCAGGAAGUCGGCUUUACUUUAAAGGGAAAAGCAAUCGCAUGGAGUGUAGGGGUGAAUAGAAGAGGUGACUGUGGGAAGCUGCUGGGCAGGCCAUCCAAUCCCUUGACAUUUUAAAAAGAUUUACUUUAAAGUGUGUGUGUGUGUGUGUGUGCGCAUAAGUACAAGUACCAUGGAGGCCCUAAGACGGCAUCAGAUCCCCUGUGUGGGUACUAAGAACUGAGGCAGGGUCCUCUGUAAGCGCAGCAUGCACCCAUCACCACGGAGUCAUGUUUUCAGCCUUGCUUAGCAUCUGUUAAAUGAGAAAAUGCUGUAGGUUUGAAAUGAGGAUAGCUGCCCCUGAGGCUUGCUUGUGGCAGUAGUCCCUUUAGUCACUUUAAGCUGUUCUUCUCUGUGCUCCUAUGUGACAUGCAGCAGGCUUGCUAAUACCUUAGAUGUGAAUUUCCCUGUCACCAGUACCAUACGAGGUUUCCUCAAUGUAGUUAUAUCACGUGAUAGAUGCAUCCCUAGUUCAAUAAAAUACUGUCUUGGGUAUGUGGGGACUGCACUUCUGAGCUAAGUUGUGGGUAGUGGUUACAUAUCCUUGCUUGUUAUCUUCCUUCCCUCUUCCCCCCCUUUCUUCCUUUUCCUUCUGUGUCCCGUCCCCUUCCCCCUCCAUUCUUCACUAACUUCUUGAAAAAUGGAGCUUGAGAAAUAAAUGUAAAUAUUUUUAGAUUCCCCCCCCCAUGACUUCAAAUGUCUGUCUUCUGCCCUUACCAUGUGGCUGGACAUAGAUCAGCAGGUGGAAAUGUUGCCCUCACUACUCCUUGCCAAUGACAUUAUUAAAAUUUCUGAUGCCAUUCCUAUCCCCAUGCCUUUAUGCAUGACGUGAACCUUCCCCAUUCCUGGAGAUAACACCAGUCUCUUCUCGGGGACCUGACCUGAUGCUGUCGUGCCUUUGCUGUGGUACCUAUUUCCUCACGGAAGUUCUCUUGCAGUUGCUUGCUUGCUUUCUGAAUCCCUGGCUGGUCCAGGGUUGGACCUCCCUGGCUCAUCUAAUAUUUGUAUCUAUUUUAAAUCCCUCACCUCUGUAUGUGUCUGCUUUCCACCUUCUCUUUCCAACACGAAUGUUUUAUUUUUUUAACUUCUGAAAGCCUCCUUUCUGUUCUCUGGGUUUUGCCACAUAACACCUUGUUCUUGGUUCAGGGGUCCGGGUCUUCUCUGUGGGUGAUACAAGUCUUGGGGUCAUUGUCUACUCUCAGAAUUGCCUUCGUUUUCUCUAAGUCUCAUUUCUCUCGGUUGGGCUCAGUCUCCACCUUUCGCAUUACGAAUAAAUACCUGUGUCUAUUCAUCUUUAAAGGUGAUGCAUCCAGGAGCUGGCAGGAAGCUCCAAUGACCAUCUGGUAAGACUAGUGUCCCCUAGUGGUCUGGCUCACCUCUGAAGCGCUUAGCAUAUCAAUGGGUGCGUGUGUCUCCUGGAGCUUUUGCCAUGUGCUUACAGAUCUUCCCACCGCUCCUGCAUGGAAAAGAGGGACACGCACAGGGCUGCUGAUAGCCCGUGCAGUGCACUUGUGCAGUGAGUGCGGUAAUCCUGCCCCCUCUGGUCAGAAGCCACCCACCAUGCAUGCUUGGUUUAACUGGCAGAGGUUGGCUAUUUUCUUUUCCUCUGAGCAGAUCAGUCCUCAACUAGGACAGAGACUGGGUUUUAACUCCCAGAUGCUCCCUUGGCCAGGUGCAUAAUCCAUAGGGUGGAACCCAGAGACCCCUGAGAACUGAGUCCCGGCCUUGAAGAAGUCUGUCUCAGUAAUCACCAUGUCACCUCCUGAAGUUGCUCCUGCCUUGCUUAGUCUUGUGUGCCUAGGUUGCACUUUUCUUGUUCUCUAUUAGAAGGAGGCAAAGCCUUCGUCUGGCUGCAUGGGCCGGGCAGGGGGCCCAAGAAUUAGCACCAUGUCUUACCCCACCUUCACCGUUCCGAUUCACAAGCCCUUCUUAGGUGCCAAAGUGCUGCCCCUGCAGGUACGUGUUGUGAGGACCUUUCCCUGCUUCCUUCUUAGUGGCCUCUGCUUCAGCUCUGAAUGGAUGGUGUCUGUGGCCUUCUGUCUACCCUUUCCUGUCCAUGGCUAUGGAACUUUCUUUCCUUCACAUUUAUUCUGACUGGCAAAAUAAGUGUGCACCUAUGUUCUGUACACUUAGUUUCACUGCUGUUUGGUUUUGUAUUUUGAGACAUAGUCUUGCUAAAUAACCCAGGCUGGGCUCCUUCCCCGUUCUCCGAAGUGCUAGGUUACAGGCAUACACUACCCUGCUCAGCUUCAGUGUGCCAUCUUGAUCCAUAAAUGCCUUUGGGUUUUCUUGAUAGUGGGUUAGGUAGCUCAUUGUCCUGCUAAAUUCAGUGUCCUGGGUGAAUCUUCUGAAGCUAUAAGACAGCACGGGUGGGAGAGCAUCAGGCAGCACAAGAAAGCCCUGUUUGAAGCAUUCCUCCUUCUUCUUCCUUUCUAGUUUUGCCACCUGCUCCCACGGAACACUUAGAUCUCCAAAAUCCUCACAAGAUGCAGUCUGUGUGGUCACCUGAUUUCUACCCUUGCUAUACCUACCACCCCACCCUUAACUCCCAUGCCGGGAACAGGUUGUCCACACUGGCCUUUGCCAGACAGCAGACAAGGUUCUCUACUAGUUAUGUUUGGAGUUUGGGCAGGAUUUCCCCCUCAAAGCUGUGGUUUUCCUUAGCUGUUGGUGACAAAGUCUUGAGGCUGCUGGACAGAUGUGACUUUAGUGGAGAAAUGUACUCCAACACUCUCUCUGCCCCAGGACCUGUGUUUGUCCACUCCAUGGCUCAGCCCGUUCAGCAAUGUUCACCUGCACUGUAAACAGUGGCAUUGAGAAGGCAAGGAUUCUUUUCUUUUUAAAGAUUUAUCUAUUUAUUAUGUAUACAGUAUUCUGCACGCAUAUAUCCCUAUAGGUCAGAAGAGGGCACCAUAUCUCAUUAUAGAUGGUUGUGAGCCACCAUGUGGUUGCUGGGAAUUGAACUCAGGAUCUCUGGAAGAACAGCCAGUGAAUGCUCUUAACCUCUGAGCCAUCUCUCCAGCCCCAGAAGGCAAGAAUUCUCUAAGUCACAAUUUCUUUGGUGGCUUUGGGAACCAUGUGAAGGCUCAAUGUCUUCUUUAGAGAUGAAGCUGAGGUGGAGGUUCAUCUGAGUCUGCAACCCCAGUCCAGGCAGUACAGUAAGGUGGUGCUGAAAACAAAAGGCAAACAAACAAAACCUGAAGAAAGCAAAACUGAGAACAUACAGCCUCCUCGCUUUUCUAGCCGGUGGCUUUGGGAUGGCCACUCCUUCCCAAGUAGGGCUUGUAUAAAACUGCAGCCACUCUCGGUGAGGCUUCCGAACACCACUGGAACACAUCUCACCACCAGAAGUCACCCAGUGAGUAGGGGACACCUCGGAAGCCUGGCUUCCAUGGUGACACCUGUCCCUUUCUGUGAACGUCAUUGUCAUGAUGACGUAGACUCCUCCGUGUGAUUUCAUCUUCUCAAACUCCAGAGGGCUGAGUGCAGUCUGAGGCCCAGCCUUCCUCUCUCUCCUGCUUAGAGACACCGUCCUUAGGGAUCAUCACUGAUUUUCCUAUCUGGACUCCAGGUGAGGCAGGUUUAACGGCCAGGGUCUGGGCCCGAGUAUCCCGUGAGUCUUCUAGUCUAUCCUGGAGAGGGGAUGUUCUCAUGAGCACAUCUCGGAUCUGGGUGAGUGACUGAAGACUUGGUGCUGCUGUCUCUCUCAUUGUCUGAAAAUUGCUGUGGAAGUUUUCCCUUACCCGUUAGCCAACGUGAGACAGAACAGCCUUGCCUGGACUGCACCUCCUCCCCGACGUUCACUUGACUAUGGCUUCUGCCUGCUUCUCUGGAGUCCCACUCUGCCUCAUCCUCCAGCAGCUUUUACAAGAGGAAGUGUUAAGCCAUUGUCUACUUGUAAACUCACUUGACCAACUGUCCAGGAAAGUUUUUCCUUCAGGGAGGAUCAAAAAGACUGGCUCCAAAGAUAAGGUGGUCACAGCCUCCAGCUAAUUAACGCUGACAGAUUUACUGCUUAGAUUCUCUGUGAGUUCAAUGGCAGCCUGGUCUACAGAGUGAGUUCCAGGAUUGCCAGGGUUACACACAGUGAAACCCUGUCUUGAACGUCCCCCCACCACACCAGAAAAAAAGAAAAAUGAAGUGAUAAUCCAAGAAUAUUCUGAUUUGGGGGCUCUAGUCUACCUGGGAGGUGUGGGUGGGAUGCUCUGAGCAUCCCUUCUUUACCUCAUCCCUGCCCACUGUCUUCCCACCAAGUUUUUGCACAUUUUGACCCAACCUGUGCAUAGCUACUUAAAUCUCACGAAAUUCAUGGUUAACCUGCAAAAGUAAAUUUAACAGCAAAUAUAUGUUUGGCUCUAGCUU